AGGAAACCUUCUUCCUGAGCACAGAUAUUGGAGCCUGUUAUCAGCAUGAACUCAUAUGUGUUAGACAAUCACUUGAAUAGUUCAUCCCCAUCCUUCACUACAGAAAGCAUCAGAAUGAUACCACAAACUCCAAAAGUCUUAGACACUAAUGACUAUUCACAAACAUUGGGGAAAUCACAGCAAAUAUUUAAAGAAGAUGGAGAAUGGGCAGGAACUGGGCAGCAAUCAUUAUGUACAGAGAGUAAUUUAGUCAUCAAACAGGAGGACAACGUUUAUGCCUUAUCUAGUGAAAUGAUUAUCGCAGAGGAUAAACCACACACAUUUACUGAGUUUUCAAAACAUUUUAAAGAAGGGAAAAGUCUACAGUCUAACCAAAUGAUUCAUACAAAAGAGAAACUAUUUGAAUGUACAGAAUGUGAGAAAAGCUUCAGAUGUAAUGUGCAUCUCCUUGAACACCACACAGUUCACACAGUUGUGAAACCUCACACGUGUACAGAAUGUGGGAGAUGUUUCACAUCUAAAGGAAGCCUUAAGUGUCACAAAAAGACCCACACAGGGGAGAAACCUUUCACAUGUAAUGAGUGUGGAAAAAGUUAUACACAAAAGAGUCAUCUGAAAACUCAUGAAAGAAGACACGAAGGAGAAAAGCCUUUCGCAUGUUCAGAGUGUGGAAAAUGUUUUACAAUUAACACUAAUCUGAAAAUUCAUGAAAGGAUUCACACAAGAGAAAACUGUUUCAUAUGUACAGAGUGUGGAAAAUGUUUUACACAAAUAAGUCAUCUGGAAUGUCAUAAAAGGAUUCACACAGGAGAAAAGCCUUUCACAUGUACAGAGUGUGAAAAAAGUUUUACACAAAAGAGUCAUCUGAAGAUUCAUGAAAGGAGUCACACAGGAGAAAAGCCUUUCACAUGUACAGAGUGUGGAAAAGGAUUUAUAAGCAAAACUAAUCUGGAAAUUCAUGAAAGGAAUCACACAGGAGCAAAGCCUUUCACAUGUACAGAGUGUGGGAAAAGGUUUACACGAAUAGAUAACAUGACAGCUCAUGAAAGGAUUCACACAGGGGAAAAGCCUUUCACAUGUACAGAGUGUGGAAAAGGAUUUACAACCAAGACUAAUCUAAAAAAGCAUGAAAGAAAUCACACAGGAGCAAAGCCUUUCACAUGUACAGAGUGUGGAAAAAGGUUGACACGAAUAGAUAAUAUGAAAGCUCAUGAAAGGAGUCACACAGGGGGAAAGCCUUUCACAUGUACAGAGUGUGGAAAAGGAUUUACAAGCAAGACUAAUCUGAGAAUUCAUGAAAGGAAUCACACAGGAGAAAAGCCUUUCACAUGUACAGAGUGUGGAAAAAGUUUUACAGUAAAGAGUACUCUGAAACAUCAUGGAAGGAUUCACACAGGAGAAAAACCUUUAACAUGUUUAGAAAGUUGAAAAAUGUAUCCUGUGCCAGUCAUGUAUCACAAAAACACCAAAUAUUUAUACAUAAAAUAAACUUUACAUACACUGUG